AUGGCUAAAAGUCGCAUUGCAGAAGAACAGGAAAACGAUAAACCUCAUGAGUCUUUAGAAACUCCAAAACGAAGCCAUGCUACUCAAAAGAAAGCUAUCACCCGGACCGCCAUGGGGGAGUAUAUUGUACCUCCGGGAGGCAAACCGCUCACCGUCCUAGCCAAUCCCAACGUUCCCGGUCCCGCCAGUUACUUGCCUAGAAUUGCGGUCACCAAACCCUCUGCACCACAAUAUUCUCUCAAAGGCCGAUACAAACAAUCAGAAGGCGAUCAGCGGCCAGGACCUGCCGACUACCAGGUGGAUCAUGACUUACUGUGGAAGAGAAAGACGCUGAUGCUAAAAGGCCGUGAACAAGAAAUCUCCUUCGUGGAACCAGGAGCUAACGACUUGGGGCCUGCGGGAUACAACAUAGAAUAUGACACAGUCGGUAAAGGUCGCCCCAAGUACAGCAUCAAAGGCAGGAAGCCAUUCAAGUUGCAAACUGGUCCUACGACACUCAUGUUUCAAGCGAUAGACACAGCAGGUCCGGCUGAUUAUAAUCUGUCCAGUGUUCCAGCCUGGGACGGUCCGGCAUAUAGUUUGGCUAAGAGAUUGCCCACUCUUCCCGGUGGCGUUGGCGAGAAAAGGCCAGGUCCCAAUGAAUAUGAACUAGGGACUACUGUGGGUAAAUGUGAAGGUGCCUCUAUGACGAGUCGGCGGGAGACUUUCAAGCCGCAGGAAACACCAGGCCCUAACAGCUAUACCCUAAAGGAUACCAUAGACCUUAAUGCCAAGGCAGCCUCCUUGACAUACCGCUGGUAUGAUGAAGAUAAAAGGGAAGAAGGUACCCCUGGAGAUGGCCCUGCCAAAUACGAUAUCCGUAAAAGCUUUGCGGAAAAUGACAAACCUGCUUUUACAAUGGGAAAGAGAUUAAAGGAGAGCGAAAAGGAUAACACUGGCCCAGGUCCUGGUCAAUACGAGGUCAAAGCUAGACCUGAAAUGAAGUCUGCACCAGAAUUUUCCUUUGCAAAGCGCCUUCCCAAGUUACUCAGAACGAGUGGCCCCGGUCCUGCGCAGUACAAACCCAAACUUUUGGACGGAGCUCCUAUGUAUACGAUGACCCGCCGCCCCGCUAGUCACAAAGGAAAAGUGAAAUCUUCUCCCGGCCCUUACCGACUUCCAGAAGGCGCCACCCGAUGGGGGAGACAGGUUGGAGGGGGCAUUACAUUUAAAAGUCGGGCCAGCCCAUUUGUCUACUCAGGCUUCAAGACACGCAAAAUUUUCGAACCGAUGUCACCUUUAUAA